GUGGGGGCUGCAGGACUGGGGCGGGAGGCGAGCAGGCGGCCGGGGAGGGACGUUCGGGCCGUGGGGGCGGCGGGGCCGACGUCUGGGCUGCGGCGGCAGGGACGGAAGGGGCGGCCGGGCGAGCCGGAGGGUGUCCCGUGGCGGCCGAGCGCGGCACCGCCGGCUCCUGAGGGGCGCCUCGGCCCCUCGGGCCCGGGGCUGGUCGGCGGGGCCGCGGGAGCAGGGCGGGCUGCGCGCCGGCUCUGGCCCUGCCCUGCGGCCCGCCCUCGGCAUUCCGGGCCUCUGGGCCAAGCGCCCGCCAAAGGCUGCGGGUCCGGUCGCCAUGUGUGGACUCUAAAGCGCCUUGUAGUCUUUUGAAGCGCUUUGACAUCCCCGAAGGGCUCUGUAUUGCAAACUAAAUCGAAGCGCUUUGUAAUCCCGGAAGCGCUUUGACAUCUCCCUAGGAGCGCUGUGCAAACUGAAGCGCUUGGUGAUCGCGGAAGCACGUUGUGGGUUUGGAAACCAAACCGACGCCCUUAGUAAAUCUCGGAUCGUUUUGACUAAGGCGAAGCGCGUUGGCAUCUCCGAAACCUUGAGAACUGUGAUGGGCAGUGGAAAGAAGGGGGAAAGGUGCCCAUGGCGUCGGAGCGGCGCAAGGUCAAGUACCACUGGAGCAGCACUUCAGAAGGGUGUCCCCGUAAGCGCAGCUGCCUCCGGGAGCCCAGUGAUGUGGCCCCCUCCAGCCGGCCAGCUCCCAGCUCUGCGUCGCGUUCAGGAGGGACCAGCAGCCCCAAGCGCCUGAAAGUCCAGAAGGAGGACGAUGUGGCCUGCACGCCGAGGUUGCCCCGGGGCUCAUCCUGCCGCAGAAAUUCCUCCUCCUCCUCGCAUUCUUCCGGCGCAGGUGUGGGCGGGGCUGCCGCCAAAGGCUGCCUGAUUCGGAGCACACGGGGAUUCCUUUCGUCAGAGGGAUCCCCUCUUCGCCCUGUCAACCCCUCUCCAGAAGAAAUGGCUUCUCUAGAGGAGGAAGCCUGCAGCCUUAAGGUUGAUUCAAAAGAUAGUUCUCGUAACUCCACGAACUCUGAAUUUGCAGCUGAAGCGGAGGGUCAAAAUGAUACAAAUGAGGAACCAAACAAGGUGCAAAAAAGGAAGAGGGAUCGAUUUCGAGACCAGGGCUCUACGGUGAUCUACCUGAAGGCUAUCCAGGGCAUCCUGGGAAAGUCGAUGCCAAAAAGGAAAGGAGAGGCUGCCACGAGGGCAACGCCGAACAGAGGAGAGCGUCCCAGCCGCGGAGAAGGGCCAACCAGGAGUGUCACUGUGUCUCCUCAGAAAGGGAAAGAGUCAGCCCCGGAGGUGAAAGCAGAGGACAAAAAGGCUGUGCCAGAGAGGAGCAGUUUCUGCGACAGGAGAGUGGUGAUAGACCCUCAGGAGAAACCCAUUGAGGAGAUAGCUGGUGACCGAAGGACAGUCAUUGACAAGCACUCUCCAGCCCUCGAGUUUUUGGAUGAUUCCGACUCUCAUUUAGAAAGCCAGAAGCCUAAAGAAAGGGAGGUGGUGAUAGAGCACUCCUCUUCAGGAAGUGACUGGUCUGACGUGGAUGAGGUCUCCACAGUCAGAUUCUCUCAGGAGGAGCCCAGCUCGCUGAAGCUCUCCACAGUUCUGGAGCCUUCUGCCUUCCCCACUGACUAUGUCAUGUACCCGCCUCAUUUGUACAGUAGCCCGUGGUGUGACUACGCCAGCUAUUGGACGAGCGGCGCCAAGCCUCCUGGCUACCCGGCCGUGGGCGGGGGCGGCAGCGGCAGCGACCCACUGCAGGCAGGGAGGGGCGGCCGGGCCCUCCUGAGUGAUUGUUCUCCUAACUCUCCAGUGAGCUCCCAGAACACCUCCAGAGACCAGGAGGUGACCGAGGAAGGCAGAUCCCAGAACGCUCGUUCAUUUCGUUUCUCCAGAAGCUCAGAAGAAGAGGUGAAGGAGAACAGAGCGCUCCAGGAGGAGGCGCCACCCCGUCCCUGCGGAGGACACGCAUCUAGCUCCCUGCCAAGGCACCAUCGGGAGUCAGGCCUAGAGGAGGGUUUCAUUGAUACCCACUGUCACUUGGACAUGCUGUAUUCCAAGCUGUCUUUCAAAGGGUCCUUUACCAAGUUCAGAAAAAUUUACAGCAGCUCCUUCCCUAAGGAGUUUCAGGGCUGCAUCUCUGACUUCUGUGAUCCUCGGACACUGACAGAUUGCCUGUGGGAGGAGCUGUUGAAAGAGGAUCUGGUUUGGGGAGCCUUUGGCUGUCAUCCUCAUUUUGCGCGUUACUACAGUGAGAGUCAAGAGAGAAAUCUUCUGCAAGCAUUAAGGCACCCCAAGGCUGUGGCAUUUGGGGAAAUGGGCUUGGAUUACUCCUACAAGUGCACCACGCCUGUCCCGGAACAGCACAAGGUGUUCGAGAGACAGCUGCAGCUGGCCGUGUCUCUGAAGAAGCCCUUGGUGAUCCAUUGCCGAGAAGCUGAUGAAGAUCUACUGAACAUCAUGAAAAAAUUUGUGCCCUCGGACUACAAGAUCCAUAGGCACUGCUUCACCGGCAGCUACCCGGUCAUUGAACCCUUGCUGAAGCACUUCCCCAACAUGUCUGUGGGCUUCACAGCCGUCCUGACUUACUCUUCGGCCUGGGAGGCGCGGGAUGCUCUGAAGCAGAUCCCGCUGGAGAGAAUCAUCGUGGAAACGGAUGCUCCCUACUUCCUGCCCCGACAGGUUCCCAAAAGCCUCUGCCAGUACGCCCACCCAGGCCUGGCCUUGCAUACCGUUCGAGAGAUUGCGAGGGUCAAAGAUCAGCCGCUCGCGCACACCUUGGCCACCCUGCGUGAGAACACCAGCCGCCUCUACAAUCUUUAAGCAGAGCGGGUGCAGUCCGGAGAAAAAGGACAACCGGUGGCCUGACAGAAGAUGGGUCCCAGGUCAGGGAGGUGUCUGGAGAGCCUACUGGAAUGAAGAAAAGCAGGACAGGAUGUUUGCCUACUUGGAGCUGGUCGGUGGGGUGGGGUGCAGCGGAGCGGGAUGCUGGUGAAGGGUUACCCCCAGGGCAGUCAGUGGAGAAGGAAGAGGCCGAAAGGAGGGCGCAGCACGUCUGUCAAUCCUGAUCCCCAUGCUCUGCAGCCUGCGGUUUUGAGCAGUCUUCACAGACACCCUCCUCCUCGUCUGAGCACAUGUGGGUGUGUAACUUGGCUCCUGGUGGUUCUCGGUUCUAAAAAUGAACUCCCAAGUGGGAAACCUCCUCUGGGGGACGUUGGCUGGAGCCCCAUCUCGGAGGUUUCUGGUCCUGCCACCGCGAAGUCCUCCCCCACCUUCCUGGGACGAGUCUUCAGUUCGGCUGCCCCGUUGGCGUGUCGGCUCCGCUUGGGCAUGGGAGGAAGACCUCGGCUGCUGGCCUUGCUCGUUCCACUGCCAGUGGUAUGGAGGGGCUGGGGCCGCUCAUUGGCCGGGGAGUCCUGGCCGAUGGGGAUGGGACAGACUGGGGGACUCGAGGAAGAGGACCCCAGACAAGGGGUUUCUGCUUACUGGUGCCCCCAGGGCUGCAGCUCGCUUGUGUUAGACUGAGAACGGUCCAGUUUGCAGCAGAUGUGACCUCCUACUCUGCUGUCAGGGGCUCCCAGCUGCCCGUUGGUCCAUUUUUGCCCCAUUCCCCUGGAGCACUGGACCAAGAAUAUUUCUGUUUCAACCCAUGUGACAGCCCCCUGUGUGCCCCACCCAGGUUGAGAGGUAAACCAAUUUAAUUCUUCAAAACUCUGCUGGGGCUGCUUAGCCCCGGUCUCCGGCCUGUGCAGAGCAAGCAGGCCCGGUGUCUGCCUUCCAGUCCCCUCCCGGGGCUCUCCCUUGCCUUGGCCUCGUCCGUGUCCUUUCUCCGUGUUGGAAGUGGGAGGCUCUCCUUUGACUUUUGAGCAGUUGGGUCAUCAAGUUCUAAGCUCUGUUCUGUUCCCUGCUGGUAUAUCUGUUACAAGCCCUGGAAGGUUAUGGUCGGGGGUUAAGUGUGAGGACACUCUGCACUUUGUCCAAAAGGAUCCUUUACCUAGAGCUCCCACAGUGAGACAGGACACCCUGAGUCCCUUGUCUGUUUCUUGGAGGCCAGAGGCUUAAAUCGUAAGACCCAUCCCUUAAUGAUGGAUUUCUCUAGGUGUUUUCAGAAGGUGCAUUUGAGCCUUGUAAGUGAAAAGGGAAUGGACUCAAUAUUUCCUCUCUGGUAUUUCCGUCUCGCCCCGGUACACCCGUCACUGGCCUGGGAAGUAGGCCCUGAUUCACGUUCGACCUUCCAUGGGUCAGCUGUGGGUUGUCUGUGCCUCCCGUUCGCCAGUGUGGGGAGUCGGGGGCUUGUUCUCCUGCUUGGAGGAAUCGGAGGACUGAGUGUUUCAGAGUGCUUUAUUGUCACCCCAACGGACUGCAGCCUGUCCAUCCCCUUCACCACGAGCCCCGGACGUUAAUACUGCCCACACCAGCAGCGGAUGGGCCUGCGCUGGAGGGUUCGGGGGGAGGACUGAGUGGAUGUCCCCGAGCCUGUGUGGCCUCCCUGCCAAGGUAAAGCACAAGGUGCUAUAUACUUUCACCUCUAGGAUUUAAGAUGGUCAUUUCUGUGUGUCACACAGUGAAACACGACUUGUGUGGGUGCGAAAGCCAGUGGGCAUUGUUUUUGAUUCGAUUUUUGGCUGGCUGACGUGAUUGUGUUUGCUGUGCUGCCGGAAUGCCUCUGUAUCUCCCCCACCCCCUGCCCCUUUUGGCCAUCUCUUUCUGAAAAUAAAGUGAUUGGUCUUCAGCCA